CUCCCCCCCCCCCUAACUUCCUCCUCCAGGCUCCAGCUCACCAGCAAGAAGUUCCAUAGCCUCCUUCCCUCAUCUCGCGUCCACACUUGAAGUCCUUCCUCUCGUUCCAGAAUCGUACCUGCACUUUGCAACAAGAAACAGCGCGCGCGUGUGACGUUUCACCGUCGUCAAGGAUUAGAGAGAGGGAGAAGAGAUAGUGGUGGGGGCUUCGAUUUGGGUGGUGCUUGUGGCCUGCAGAAUCCCGGAAAGGCAGUCAGAAAGGAAGAACAAAGGUAAGCAGGCCGCUGUGCCGCCAUGGGUUGCGGUGUGUCGAGCCAGAAGGACGCCGGCGGGCCUCGGAGACGGCCGGGGAGCGUCGGCGACGUGGUCGUGUUCCUCCCGGGACUCCGGGUGCCUAGAAGCGUGGACUUCGCCCAAGCGCUUGGCGGGUGCGUGGACAGGAGCACCGUGGAGAGGCUGACUGCUGCGAGAGCGCGAGUCGUCGAGAUGGCAAUGCAAGAAUCGGCGGCGGCCCUGAAGCCGAGGCGAAAGAUGGCGGCACGGCACGGGUCUAGUACAGCCAAUCUCUUACAAGCCCUCGAAGAUUACUUGCCAGUUCUGCUAGGACUAGCAAAGGAAGGUAGUAUGCUGAGGCAGAAGGUACAGUUCACCUGGACUAACCAAGAGGAUAAUGCGGAGGAGACGGCCAUGGCAGAUGCCUGGUACGAGGUGCUGUCCGUGCUGCAUUUGAUGGCCAUGAUCUGCUUGCUGCAGGCCAACACCCUGCUUCUUCCCAGGUCAUAUGGCGAUGGUUAUGCGCCAAGGGUUUCUGAAGAGAGUAGACGGGCCACUGUCGAUGUUUUCUUGAAGGCAGCUGGCUACUUAGACUGCGCAAUUCGACAUGUACUUCCGCAGAUUCCACCAGAACUAAGGAGACAACUUCCAGUAGACCUGGCUGAAGGAAACCUCAAAGCUCUUAGCCUGCAACCUCUGGGUCAGGGUGUCGACAUGCAGCUUGGGCUAGCAAUCGAUAGUCCAAAGGCCACUCUAGCAGUAAAACGGCGCUUAGCCUGUGAGAUGGUCAAGUAUUGGCACCAGGUUCUAGAGAGCAUUCCAGAGCUUCCUGUCUCUGAUGGGUGGGGGAGAAAGCAUAUGCUGUUUGUCAAGUGGAAAUAUGUUGAAGCAAAGGCUGCAGCAUACUAUUUUCAUGGUUUGAUACUUGACGAAGGAAAUACCGAGAAAUCCCAUGGAAUGGCAAUAGCCGCGCUCCAAGCCUCCGAGGAAUUUUUGAAAGAAAGCAAAAGGGUUUCGGAAGCCUUCCAUUCCACUCCUCCAACAUCGAGGAGCCCCACUCCAUUCGGAACAGCAAAAUAUCUGUUUGACAAGAUCCCAAAGGACGGUUCAAGCAAGGUCCGAAUCAAGCAGGACCUGUAUACUCAAGAAAAGGUCAUCGGAACACCACCUCCAUUACCGGAUUUCGCAUUGGCAUUAACACCUGACGACUAUGAUCUUCCUCCAUUAGAUCCACUUUGGAACAAAGAAGAAAGUCACUAAAGUGGAUAUGCAGCAGAAGGGUUUCUUCUGAGAAAAAAGCUUUGCUCUGGUGAGAAAGGAAGAACCAAGAUCUGCCAUGGUCAAAGCUGCACAUGGUAACAAAUGAAGUGUACAAAAUAUUUUCGAACAAAAUUUGAUGUCAGCAAAAAUUCAAGCAAAAUUUAGCAAGGCCAGAAGAUAAUCUGAAGAGCAUUGUACAGGCGAUUCUUCUUCUGACAAAGGAAAUGCUUGUCAAAGGGUUUCCAUUGACUGUUCUCGAACCUGAUGCUUGCAUUUCCCCUGACAAUGGCAUAGUUUUGGGUUCGUUGAUACGUUCUGUUUUAUGCGUGCUCCAGCAAUAGCUUUGCCAAAUUUGAUGAUACUUCAAGGGCUAUAACUUUCAUAGGGAACCAGCCUCA